UGAUGGCUGCUGGCGAAGUUGGUUGGUGAGCUCCGAACCCUACCACCUCCCCUUCCUCCUUCUGCCUCAGGCUCAAUACCAAUACCCAAAACCCAUCUUCAUCAAUACCCACUUUCAUCAGAGCCCUCUAGUUUAGAGAGAGAAGUUGGUUUUCUAGAGAGAGAAAAAUGGCUCAAGUUACCAGAAUUGUCAGUGGUGGUGUCCAGAACGGCCCUCUCUUGCCCAAUCUCUCCAAGCCUCACAAACCCACUCCUCCAUUCACUACUCCCUUCUUGAGAUCAGGGCCUAAUGUUUCUUCUUUUUCUUUGAAGCAUGAGAGGGCAGUGAGCAAUUCCGUUGUUUCUGUUAGGGCCCCGUUUAGGGUUUCGGCCUCUGUCGCCACUAAGGAGAAGCCGUCGACGGCGCCAGAGAUUGUCCUGCAACCCAUUAAAGAGAUCUCCGGCACCAUCACGUUGCCGGGUUCCAAAUCCCUUUCCAAUCGGAUUCUGCUUCUUGCUGCUCUCUCUGAGGGAACUACUGUUGUGGACAAUUUGUUGAAUAGUGAAGAUGUCCAUUACAUGCUCGGAGCACUGAGAACCCUUGGGCUACAAGUGGAAGAGCAAAGUGAAAAUAAAAGAGUUAUUGUGCAAGGUUGUGGGGGCCAAUUUCCAGUGGGUAAUGGAUCAGUAGGCGAAGUCCAACUUUUCCUAAGAAAUGCUGGAACAGCAAUGCGUCCAUUGACAGCUGCAGUUACAGCUGCUGGUGGAAAUGCAAGUUUUUAACAAAAAAUAUUCAGAGGAAGAUGGUGGCUUGAAAACUAUUGAGAAAAAUAUCCCCACAUAGUGGUAAAGAAAAUAAUACUGACAAUAAUAAAGGCAGCUCAGUUGGCCUCAUUUCGAAGCUGAGGGAACCGAGAGAAGCUGAACUAAAAGAGACUCAACUCUCAAGAGCGUGGUCAACAGCAUGUCCUAGUGCCUAUCUCGGUCUCUCAUAAUCUCUGGUCAGUCAAUCUCUUUUUUUUUUUGUAGGGUUUUCGAAAUUGGGCAACAGUAUGUUGAGUUUUUCGGUUUUGAUUGUUGAAGAAAUUGGGGAUCUUCCCCACUUUCUCUCCAAAGUCUCCAAACUAAGGAGAGCCUUUUAGAUAAUGAAUUUUCUUUUUCUCA